AUGGCCACCCGUGUUAUCCCUCCAAGAAUCCUAAGGAAACUCCGUUACAACACCGCAACAAAACCGUUUCAGCCUUCUCUCACCUCCCCCACUCUCUCUCCUCCUAGUAUUCUCGACCAAAAACCGCCCUUAACAACAACUCUCCUCCCUCCCGCCGUCGCGGAUCUCAACUUUCACGACGUUGAGAAGCUCUUUACCUACGUCUCGACCGCGAACCUUAUCCGAUCAACUGCCGUUCUCCAUGCCACCGCUAUUGAACCGAUGGUUGAUCUCGGUACAUGGUUGAUGAGAUCUCAACUCAUGCAGACGGAUAAUCCUUUAAGAAACCUCGCUCUCGCCGCCACUAGGUCGACGUUUUUCGAUCACUUUUGCGCCGGGGAAGAUGCUACCACCGCUGGUCAGAGUAUUCGCGGUUUGAAUAAAGCUGGUUUGCGGGGAAUGCUUGUUUAUGGAGUUGAAGAUGCUCAUGAUAAUGAAGCUUGUGAUCGCAAUCUCCAAGGCUUUCUUCACACCGUUGAUGUCAGCAGAUCGCUUCCUCCAACUUCGGUGAGCUUUGUGAUUGUGAAAAUUACUGCAAUAUGUCCGAUGAGUUUGCUGGAAAGAGUUAGUGAUUUGUUGAGAUGGCAGAAGAAGGAUCCUUCUUUCAAGUUACCAUGGAUGCAAGAUACACUACCAAUUUUCUCUGAGUCAUCUCCUUUGUACCAUACAAGGAAGAGACCAGAGCCAUUGACUCAACAAGAAGAAAUUGAUCUUGAGCUUGCAAAUCAGAGAUUCCUUGAGCUUUGUGAGAAGUGUGUGCAAGCCAAUAUCCCUUUGUUGGUUGAUGCUGAGCAUACAUCAGUUCAACCUGCUAUUGAUUACUUUACUUAUGCCUCUGCUAUUGUGCACAACAAAGGUGAAAAACCAACUGUGUUUGGAACCAUUCAAACAUAUUUGAAAGAUGCUAAGGAAAGGUUGUUGUUGACAUCAAAGGCUGCUGAGAAAAUGGGUAUCCCAAUGGGGUUUAAGUUGGUGAGAGGUGCUUAUAUGUCUAGUGAAAGAGAAUUGGCUGCUGAUUUAGGGUUUGCUUCCCCUAUUCAUAACUCUAUUAUGGAUACACACAAGUGUUUCAAUGAUUGUACUUCUUUUAUGCUUGAGAAGAUUGCUGAUGGCCCUGGUGGAGUUGUUCUUGCGACUCAUAACAUUGAAUCAGGAAAGUUGGCUGCUGCAAAAGCACAUGAAUUGGGGAUUGGAAAAGUGAACCACAAGAUGGAAUUUGCACAACUAUAUGGAAUGUCAGAGGCACUUUCUUUUGGUUUGAGCAAUGCAGGGUUUCAGGUUAGCAAGUACAUGCCAUUUGGGCCUGUAGAGACUGUAAUGCCAUACCUCUUGAGAAGGGCUGAGGAGAAUAGAGGUGUGCUUGCUGCAUCAGGCUUUGACAGGCAACUUAUGAGGAAGGAGUUGGUUAGGAGACUUAGAGCAGCUGUGUUUUAA